UAUAGUUACGUUUAAUUCCUGAUUGGUUAAAUUAAAUACGAGUAUAAUUAAUUAAUAACGUUAUCAUAAUUUAUAAAGAGUAUAGUAUUAUAAGAUUUUCGUGAAUAAUGUUAUCGUUUAAAAUUACGUAUUUUACAUGUUUUUGUAUGUGGAUGAGUUUAUUCUCGAGAAGUGCAGCCGAAGUGUUCACUGCAAUAUCAGACGUUGAACCUUUAAUAGAAACACAUCAGAGAAUAAUAAACGAUGUGAAUGAGUAUAUCGCGGCUGAGGAAACGCGGCUGUCCACGUUGAAAAAGCGAUUAAAACUUUACAAAGAAGAGCAUGAAAUGGCAAUGGCGGACAUUCCGAACUAUUUGGCCAAUCCCAUCAACGCAUUUACUCUUAUAAAAAGGCUGACUAAAGAUUUGGAGAAAAUAAGACAACUUUCUCAAAUUGGAACAGAAAAUUCAAACAUUAUCGCAAAAAAUCAUGAGGAUUUGAAGUAUCCCGUAUUAGAAGAUCUGACAGGCGCUGCUGAAGCACUGACACGGCUUCAAGAAACAUAUGAACUUAAUGUUCAGGAUUUAUCAGAGGGGCUGUUGAAUGGCGUGGUUUACAGUAAACCGAUGUCGGCGGGGGACUGCUUCGAGAUAGGUAAAGCCCUGUAUGAAGAAGGAGACUACAAUAAUUCGCUAGCCUGGAUGACAGAGGCGGUACGGAAAUACUCGGAAAAGGACGAACUUAGCGACUUCAGGGUGAUCGACUUCUAUGAAUAUAUUGCUCUUUCGCAUUAUUACCUCGGCGAUACCAAAAGUGCUUUGCACUGGACUGAGCGGAUUGUGGAGCUGGAGCCAGAACACCAGCAUGGUCCCGGGAACAUUAUACUCUACCAGAAGAUUAUCGCUGAAAAGGAGGCUAAGAAGCUGAACGGGGAAGUAGAAGAGGAUCAAACACCAAAACCGCCAAUGUUCGAUGAUGAAUAUGAAAAAGAGCUGCAGAACUACAAACCUCUUUGUCGUGGUGAGCUACAAGUUCCUGGUGUAAUAUCCAAAAGAUUAAAAUGCAGAUACCUGACGGAAAACCACCCAUUCCUGAAGUUAGCCCCAAUCAAGAUGGAGUAUCAUUACUUGCAACCUGACCUCAUCGUGUUUCAUGACGUCAUGAGUGACGACGAAAUAGAAUUCAUAAAAGCUACUGCCCAGCCCAGGUUCCGGCGAGCAGGCACCCGAAGUGGCGAAAAUGGUGCCUCGGUCCCCUCUAAGUACCGGAUCAGCAAGUCAGCGUGGCUUGAAGAUAGCGAGUCGCCGGUGAUCGCUCGCGUGUCGCAGCGCGUGGCCGACAUGACCGGCCUCAACAUGAACACGGCUGAGGAACUGCAGGUGGUUAACUAUGGCAUCGGGGGACAUUACGAACCGCACUACGACUUUGCUAGAAAACACGAAAAUUUAAUCAACUAUCGUAACGCUGGGAAUAGAAUAGGCACAGUUCUAUUUUAUAUGUCGGACGUGGCGCAAGGCGGCGCGACGGUGUUCACUAAGCUGGGGGUCAGCUUGUUCCCUAUCAAAGGCGCGGCGGCGUUCUGGUACAACCUGCACCCGUCGUGCGAAGGAGACCUGGCCACGCGACACGCCGCCUGCCCGGUGCUGCGAGGCUCCAAGUGGGUCUCAAACAAAUGGAUCCACCAAGGCGGGCAGGAGUUGCUGCGGCCUUGCGGCCUCCAAUACCAAGAGGAGGGCGUAUCCCGCAGGAUACCGAAACCCAUCCUCAAGACCUCCAGUCCUGGCUGCCAAGGAGUAUUGUUAAACACGCCCCAAAAAGGCACUAACUUUACCCGUAUGCCUAAAGCGAACUAGAACUCAAAUAAUGCAGUGAAGUGAAUAUUACUGCACUAAUGUACGGAUGCUGGAAA